CAAGGAUACGGAUUAAAGUCCUUCUAUCGAGCAUUUGCGUGUAUGCGUACUUCGGAAUAAAACGAUGAUAACAGAGCAGUUGUAGAAGUUUCAGCGCAAGGAAAACAAGACUCACAACAUGGCGAACAAGCCAAUUGUUUUAUUUCUUACAGCUCUUUGUAUAUUCCAGGUGCUAAAUGGCGGACUCUCUACACCUAGGAUGUUCCGCAGAGCCGUCGACGGAGACAGCGGGGACAACAAUCUUACCAAUGCACAGGAAACAGCUAAUAGGACACUGGAAGACUGGAGAAAUAGCUUCGACGAUCUAUUCCGGGAGUCAAGUCAGUUAGGAAACUCGAUGCAGAAUCUGAACUCAAGUCUGCAGGGAUUGUCAGCGGCGUUGGACCAGUUGGGAAUUAUUCUACAAAACGCACUACAAAAUGCCACCAGAACAAGUUCCACUACUACAGCCAAGCCCACGUAACAAACAAAAGAAGUGACAGCGACAGCUGUUUAUUGUUUGUUUUUGGCAACAAAACGCGUGGCGAUCAACCACUGAACAUUUUCCCCUGGCUUCCUACGUUCCUACUUCAGUGAUUUCCAUAACGCUCUUAAUUUGAUUGUACUAUCAAUACCAUUGCGGAGAGUAAAAAUUAUUUUUAUUAUUA